GUUAAACCAAAACAAGUGGAGUUUUCCGCCGUUGCUGUUCGCGCUUUAUAGAUGGUGUUAAAGGGUUGUUUAUUUACAGGAAUGUAACAAUUCCAUUAGUUUUUGUGUAUAUUUUGCAACUAAGUAUGGAACAUUUUUCAUCUAGUGCAGUUAAAAGUAGUGAAGAUACUUCAAAAUCCGGAAAUUUACAUUUCAGUAUGGACUAUGAUAGUGGAUACAUUUCUCACAAUCAUGAAUCAAAUUUGGACUCCUCAUUAGAUAUUAAUGAAAAAAUAAUAAAUAACAUGAAUAACAGACCGAUAUAUUUGAGUGAGGAUGCUUUAUUGGAGACGCCACAAGUUCAUAAGUAUGCCAAUAUUAGUUUAGAAAUUGAAAAGGAAGAUUUUGAGGAAACUAGACAUGUUUUUAGUUCUCCUUUUCUCAAUAACUCAUCAAAUGAAAUAUCUGCUUCGGUUACAAGUCAGGAUAUAAGUUAUUCUGGGUUCGAAACAGACCAAACAAAUAUGUCUGUAGAAGUUCCAGCUUGUAAAAAAAUAGUUGUAGAUAAGGCUAGUGUUCAAAACACAAAAACUAUGUACAGUUCACCUGAUCUUAACGAUAUAAAAAGAGAAAUAAUAAGAGAUAUGCAGCAGACAAAAAAUGUGGCAUUUAAUAACAUUACUAAUACCUUAUCAAGCGAGCAAAAGAAAAAAUUAACCUUAGUCUUUUCAAAAGAAGGCAAAGAGAACUUCUUUAGUGUUAAGAGAAAAUAUCCUAGUUUGACUCCAGAUAAAAGUAUAAAUGACAGCAAUGGCUCGUUUCUUUUACCAACUCCAAGAAAAUUUGACAACAAUUCAAAAAUUGAAUCUGAACAUGAAUCUAUAAACGAAAGUACCUCGAUUACAUCAAGUUCUGAGUUAUCAGAGUCUGUAAGAAGUGAAAGUUUCUCCCAAGGUAAUGACCUAGCUGAAAGUUAUAUGGAAGAAAGUUUAAGUGUGAUUUUGGAAGAUGAAAGUAACUUUACUCAGGAUAUUUCCACUAAUAAUGUUACAGAAAGUGAAUCUGUCUACUUUGACUAUUCAAUGAGUGAAAGUAAAAGUGAGAAACAGGUAGGAAAUGUUAAAAGUGGAAUAAUUGAAGAAGGAAAUAAUGUUGGGGAUAAUUUGACUGAGAAUGUGGCUUUACCAACAUGUGAAUCUAUAUCUAGUAAACAAAUUGACCAGGCUGUAGCUGAGCUUAGACAACCCAUUCCUGUAGAAACACAAUGUGAACCAACAAUUGUUAUAACAAAUAUUGGUGUUCUAGAUAAAAGCAGAAAAAGUCCUCAGAAUGAUCUAGGUAGUGAUAGCAGUACAGAAUUUGUAGGUUUUGACAGUCAACACAAAGCAAUAUCUUCGAAAAACAUUAAUUGUUCAAAAGAAGAAAGUGAUAAUACUAACAAUGAGUGGUCUAAGCAGGAAAAUAAAGAACUGUUAGAAAAUACUGGUAGUAUGACUGAAGAUUCAAUAAAUUUAAUAACUUCUGUGGUGACUGAAACUUUGGAACAUGCACUAAAGGAUGUGGGCAAUUCAGAUAUUAAAGAUUUAAUCUUCAAAAAGGUCAACGAGGCACUAGAAAUAUCAAAGAAUGAAACCCCUAGCAGCUCUAGGAGUAUAAGAGAAAGUCCUGUUGUAUAUAAAGAACCAUACUCUUGGAGGAAACUUAGUACCAGUACUAUCCAAUCAGUAGCUUCAACACCAGAUAAAUCUAGUACAAAUCCAAUCAAUUCAAGCCUCAGUCCUGAUUUGUUUUCUGAAGAUAUAGUUGAACAGAAAUCUCAAGAGCCUAGUCAACCUGUUGUGUCCCCUCCAAAAGAGCGCAAUGUGGUCAAAAAGGAUUAUAUGCUGUUAAGAAGAACUCAAAACAACUUAAAGGGAGUCUUGCCUCCAAGAAGUGUAACAGUUACUCAGUUUUCUAUUGCUGAUAUGUUAGAAAGACUAAAAAUGAAUAAGAAGUAUUUUUGGAACAAUUCUACUGCAGCGGCAUCAAAAACGGGCAGGCAGUCACAUUCAUUGCUUAUCACAUGCUCUGAGGAAGAAGCCAAGACAAGAGAAUUUCCUGAUGUUUUAAUGGAUAGAUGUUUGGGAUUGCACCACAAUCGAAGCAGAUUUUCCGAAAAGAUCGAAGACCUUUGCGGAAGAUACGGCUCAAGAUACGUUGGCGCUGAAACGCAAUCCUCAUGUACAGUUUUCGAAACUCACGUAACCAGUCCGAUGAAACGACGAAAUAUCAAACCGCAAUGGAACACCAAAUCUCCAGGAAAACGACUGAGCCACUUGGCCAGGAGGAAAAUCACCUUUUCCAGCGCUAACCUGCAGUCAGGAAAUUCGUUUUUGGCCGGAUCUAGGGCUCGACAAAUUUUGGUUGAUGCUAAGAAAAUGGAUUUGCUGAGCAGAAGAAAAAGUCCAAGGAAAUCGCCGAGAAAAACUCCUAGAAAGACUCCCGGAAAAAGUCCCAGGAUCAAAACUCGUACUCCGAGCAGUUCAGCUAAAAAGAAGCUCGCCAUGCGUUUCAGGAAAGUUACCGGAGAAAUUGAAAAGUCGAGUUCUAAAACUUCUUCAGACGGGUCUCUAUGUGCAAAACGAACGCUUUUUCAUAGUCCAGAUGAAGAUAAGAAGUUAUUGACCAGGUUGUUACCUAGUACAUCCGGAUCAUCGUUAGCCAACGAAAUCAAAAGAUCCACCACGAAACGGGCACUUUUCAUGUCCCCUAGUAAAAGUUCCCCCCUGAAAAAUAUGGGAUUCAAACGUUCACCGAUUAAACGCCUCGAUUUUGGCCACGAAAAGAAGAGGAAGCGCGACGAUUCCAUCGACGAGCUGCCGUCCAAAUUCGCCAGAUGUCAUUCUGAAAAUAUGCCUUUGUCAACUUUAGCAGAUGUUAAAAUGUUAAGCACCCGUACUAAGAGUGAUUUGAACAUAUCUCAGAGUAGACAGAUUAAGGAAUUAACUACUAAUCAUAAGAAGAAACUCCAAUUAGCGAUCUACGAAGCCCUUCGAUCCCAGAACGUCCUGCCUACACACCCACAAUUCAAAGUUUUCGCCUCGAAUCUGGGUAGAUUGACGAGAAAACUUUUCCUAAUGACCACGGCCGAUUGUAUCGGCGUCACAGAGAAGAUGUUGCGAAUUGCCCGCCAUCACGUCAUCGCCGUGGUAAAGGGCAGGAGCCCAGAAGAAAUCUACGAUGAGUUCGUGAAGAACAAAGCGAAGAAUCUGAAACCCCAAGGGUACAUCGCUCCCGAGAAGCCUAGUACAGAGAGGAAGGAGGUAGAGCGGAGACCGUUCACGGGGAAAAGUACUUCUAACAGUGAAAGUAAGGUUGAUCGUAUAAGGAAAGCUUUUAACUUUGGGGAUGACGACAAUAGAUGAAUAAAUCAGCAGCUCAGGUAAUAGUAGGUUAUAAUGAAAGAGUGUAAUUUAUAAUAUAUUGUAUAAUAAACGUUAGAAAAGC